AAGCAGGAAAUGUGUGGUUUUAGCAGCUCUGAGUCUAGCAUUCAAAGUGCUCGGUGUCACAUCACCAACAGGUACGAUGGCACGAACAUCUCUGCAAUGGCUGAUCUUUCUGACCUCACUGCUGAGCAGCACCACAAACCAAGUCUCUCUGACUGGGAGUCCCAGCAGCUCUCAGACGUUUGAAGGACAGUCUGUCUCUCUGAGCUGUGAGGAGGACGACUGCUCUGCUGGAUGGACUCUGAGGAGGAACACAAACAGAGAAACCAGGACUCAGUGUGGACCUGACUGGGGAAGACCUACUGGUUUCUCCUGUAUCAUCAGCUACAUGGACCCAGUGGAGAGUGGAGUUUACUGGUGUGAGUCCAGAGAGGGAGCGGCCAGUAACAGCAUCAACAUCACUAUCACUGGUGGACCAGUGAUCCUGCAGAGUCCUGUCCUCCCUGUGAUGGAGGGAGAAGACCUCACUCUGACCUGUAAAACAAAGAAGCCCUCCAACCUCCCAGCUGAUUUCUAUAAAGAUGGCUCCUUCAUCAGGACUGAGCCUUCAGGUCACAUGACCAUCCACCAUGUUUCCAGGUCUGAUGAAGGCCUCUACAAGUGUUUCAUCAGCAAUGUUGGAGAGUCUCCACCCAGCUGGGUCUCUGUCACAGGAAAAAACCAACCCAGCUCCAUGGUAAGAGCACCCAUCCAAGCUCAGAAGAUUUUGCCUGUCUGUGGUGGCAUCAAGGCGGUCAGCACUGUGCAUCACAUCUGAACGGAACUAUUGUUACAUCUGGAAGAUGAUUUAAACAUGUUCAAUACAAAAGUCAUUGCUUUGAGUUAAAAUUUCUCCUAUACUGACAGCCACUGCCACAUAUGUAAUGUACGGAAUAUUUUCAAUAAAGUUUGUUUCCGUA